GCGGAGCGUCCGCUGAGUUCUGGCGGCGGAGGCAGAUCUGCCGGCAGGUACCGGUAGUGGUGGGUGUCCCGCUCCGCCAGCCCAGCUUCUGCAGGAUCCCCGGCUGGCCCGGGCCCAGGCACCGCACUCACGGCGGCUGCGCCGCAGCCGCGGAGCGAGCAGCAGCCCGCGUCCCCCGAGGUUGGCGUCAUGAGGAGCCUGCCGUUCUUCUGCCGCGGCCAGGUGGUGCAUGGCUUCGGCCGCGGCUCCAAGCAGCUGGGCAUCCCCACAGCCAAUUUUCCGGAACAAGUAGUAGACAGUCUUCCGGCUGAUAUAUCCACUGGCAUUUAUUAUGGUUGGGCCAGUGUCGGGAGUGGAGCCGUCCAUAAAAUGGUGGUGAGCAUAGGAUGGAACCCAUACUACAAGAAUGUGAAAAAGUCCAUGGAAACCCACAUCAUACACACCUUCAAAGAGGACUUCUAUGGCGAAAUUCUCAAUGUGGCCAUUGUUGGCUACCUCAGACCAGAAAAGAACUUUGAUUCUUUAGAGUCACUUAUUUCAGCAAUUCAAGGUGAUAUUGAAGAAGCAAAAAAACAACUGGAUUUACCAGAACAUUUGAAACUCAAAGAUGAUAAUUUCUUCCAAGUUUCUAAAAGCAAAGUUAUGAAUGGCCACUGAUGAAAAGUGCCUUAUCUAGCCCCUCGCUGUCGGGUCUCAUUGCUUGUGAUACAGUCUCACCUUGGUCAUAUUUUAAAUCGAGCCUUUCCCUGUAGCUGUCAAGUGGUCUUCAGCUAUGAACUCCAUCAUGUUUAUAGUACUAAAAGAUUCAUUCAGAAAUCAAGACUUUUUAAAUGUCAUAUAUUAUGCUAGUGUCAUGUAGUGGAAAUGAAGUCUGUAUGAGUGGGUGGAAAAGCAAGUCUCUGUGGGAAAUGAAGCCUGGUUCCAGUUCUCAUAACCAUGUGCGUGGGCGCUGCCAAGCAGGGGCUUUUCCCAGGAAAUGUGCCACACGGAGCUUACCCCGGGAGGAGAAUCUAUAGAGGGUAUUUUUGUUAUUUUGUGUAUUAAUAUAUUUUUGCAGAA